AUGGAGGUAAUCAGUGAGAAGGAAGCCAUGCGGCAGUGGUCGCGCAAGCAGCACUGCCAGGGGCGCACAGUGGCACUGGUGCCCACCAUGGGGUAUCUGCACGAAGGCCACCUCUCUCUCGUGCGCCUGGCGGCCUCGCUCGCAGAUGUGGUGGCUGUGUCCAUCUAUGUCAACCCCUCGCAGUUCGCCCCACACGAAGACCUCCUUUCUUACCCACGCGACCUCGCCCGUGAUCUCGCUCUUCUCAAGCUCAUCUCCUGCUCUCCCUGCUCAUCUCCUGCUCAUCCCCGCAAUUUUACGUUCCUCAAGUUACGCCCUCCAAACCCCAUGCUCCCUCCUCUUUCCUUCCACUCCACCCCCAUCCGGUGCAACUGGAUGCGUGCUGGUGGAGCCAUAGGCAGCCAGUUCCCAUCCUUGCCCAUGCUCUCGACCCUGACACAAGCCCGGGGAACACCAUCUUUUCCUCACUCCUGUUCACUCCUGUGCUGGUGGAGCUCAUCUCCUGUCCGCACUCCUCACCCCCUUGACGUGCUCCUAACUCUUCCCUUUCAACUGCCACCCACCCCUCAGGAUCUGCCAGUGGCAGCGGUGUUCGCCCCAGCGGACCUCUACCUGCGCCCUCUCUACGCGCCCCCCGACCAGCGCCACGCCGUCGCGGAGCCACCUACAGCAGCAGUGCCCGGCCCUGGCGGCGCUGCAGAUUGCCCAGCAGUAGCGAGCGCAGCGGCGCCAGCAGGGCACGAGACGUGGGUGACGGUGGAGCGGCUGCAGCGGCCGCUGUGUGGGGGCGGGCGGCCGGUGUUCUUCCGCGGCGUGGCAACGGUGGUGGUGAAGCUGCUGCACAUUGUGGAGCCCGAUGUGGCCGUGUUCGGCAAGAAGGACUACCAGCAGUGGCGCCUCAUUCAGCGCAUGGUGCGUGAUCUGGACAUGGCGGUGCAGGUGGUGGGCGCACCGGUGCUGCGUGAGGUGGAUGGGCUGGCCAUGAGCAGCCGCAACGUGCGCCUCACACCGCAGCACAGGCAGCAGCAUGUGACACACCCUCUUACCCCCUUCCUUCGUCAUCCCCCUUCCUCCUCCACCAUCCCUGUACUGCUGGAUGGGCCGACUGCAUGCCUAUCCCCGCCGCCCUGCCAUGCGGCCUAUCCCCGCCGCCCUGCCAUGCCUAUCCCCGCCACCCUGCCAUGCCUAUCCCCGCCGCCCUGCCAUGCGGCCUAUCCCCGCCGCCCUGCCAUGCCUAUCCCCGCCGCCCUGCCAUGCCUAUCCCCGCCGCCCUGCCAUGCGGCCUAUCCCCGCCGCCCUGCCAUGCCUAUCCCCGCCGCCCUGCCAUGCCUAUCCCCGCCGCCCUGCCAUGCCUAUCCCCGCCGCCCUGCCAUGCCUAUCCCCGCCGCCCUGCCAUGCCUAUCCCCGCCGCCCUGCCAUGCGGCCUGUCUGUGUGGCCCUGCCAUGCGGCCUGUCUGUGUGGCCCUGCCAUGCGGCCUGUCUGCUCUCUCCAUCAGCCGCGCGCUGCUGGCGGCCAAGGCAGCAGUAGAGGCGGCUCACAGCGGGGCGGGCGAGAGUGAGCGAGGCGAGGGGCACGCACAGGCGGCAGAUGCAAGCGCGGUGGUGGAGAGAGUGAGGCAAACGGUUGAGGAGGCAGGGGGGCGAGUGGAGUAUGUGCAGGUAGGCAUGGGAUGGGAUGGAGAUGAAGCAGCAUGGGAUGGAGAUGAAGCAGCAUGGGAUGGAGAUGAAGCAGCAUGGGAUGGAGAUGAAGCAGCAUGGGAUGGCGAUGAAGCAGCAUGGGAUGGUGACGGGGAUGUGUGUGUGUGUUGUCUGCUGGUGGAGCAGGAGGGUCUUGAGCCAGUCUCGCACAUCACUUGCCCCGCUGUGCUUGCAGUGGCAGCCCAUUUCGGAUCAGUGCGUCUCAUAGACAACGUGGAGAUUGAUGUUCACGCUUAG